GAAAAGUGUUCGAUUCUAUCAAAAGGACAUUUUAAGUCUACUUCAGCAGAGAUCAUAAUCAAUUCCACUACAAUUAUUAUCCUCUAAAUCAGAAUGCUGAAACUGCUAGUUGUUGCUGCCGUGCUGGUUGCAUCAGUCAGUGCAUCAUCCCCGUGCUGUGGCCCAUCUCAAUAUAUGGGAGUCCAGGAGAUCUUGGUCGGACAAGUAUUCCCUGGCCAGGAGCCCAUUGGGGCAAACAUCUUACAAGUCGGUGCGUGGGACUACAAGAACAGGAGGUUUGGGUUCGUGAUGAUCGAGAUCUCAGGCAAUAGCCCCCCGUACCCUUACAAACUGAUCCAGGAUUAUGGAAAGGCCACCCAAUGGAUAAUUGAUGAAGGCAACAAGACCUGCACGAAGCUAAUUACGACCCCACCAGAACCAACAGUUUGCAUCCCAGACGAUGCCACCUUCUCCGGCAGAGUUUCGAUUGGUGGAAACGGUACAGAUUCUAUAAUAGCUGACAUCUGGUCCAAGAUCUAUCACGAAGGGACCAACACUGCCUCUCAAAGCAUCACUGUGAGACACAAGGACUGCUUCCCGAUAAGAUCUCAGUUCAUGGGGACCAACAAUGAAAUGGGAGCUCCGUAUCCAAGAAUCCUUUCUUCUGGCUGGUUCAACAUAACCAUUGGGAUCCCUAAACCUGAUGAUUGGUUUACUGUACCCAGCUACUGCAACCAACAGGAGAUCAUUUCUGCCAAGACAGCCAUUCCUCGCUACAUGUCCGAGCUGUAUUUUCAGAAGUUUUUCUAGGAAUAGACUAGUUACGUCGUAGUCACGUCUUAUUAAACAACAGUCAUCCUGUUUCCCUGCAUUGACGACCGACACGAGAGGAAGAAUGCUCUUCAAAAUUAAGUUGUUUAUUAAAUAAUUCUAAAUGAUAUACAUGUAGUUUUGUCAACAAUGAAAAAUGACUUUAUGCUACUCAGCUUUGCAUCAGUAAAAGUAAUUGUGUCGUUUAAUGUCUUUCCUAUUUACCAUCUUUUUGUAAUGCUUUUUUUGAUACACAGAAUUGUGAUCUCUUUUGCAGACAGUAAUAUAUAUUAACAAAGAAAUUUUGCAGGUAUAUUAAUAGUGGUAGAUAUGCAAAACAACAAUUAGUGCAAUGACAUUUUAACUUUAUAGUAUGGCGUAAGUAGCUAGUAUGAUAUAUAUAUAUAUAUAUAUAUAUAUAUAUAUACAUUAAGUGGUUUAUUACAGAUUAUUUUGUGCUAUUUGCCAUCAUUAAUAGUAAUUGUAUAGUUAAGGCUUGAUGUCUUUCCUUUUACAUCUUUCGGUGUGAUGCAUUUUUUAAUACACAAAAUUGUGAUCUCUUUUGUUGACAGGUAUGAUAUAGGCAUGCUCAAAUAAAUGAUGCAGGCCUAAAUGUAUAAUUAAUUGUGGUAGAUUUGCACAAAAUAUCUAGCAAAAGGACAUUAUAGUGUGGCGUAAGUCGCUAGUAUACCAUAUAAUACAGUUGUUAAAGUUAUGUGAUUGUUAAAUUUGUAACAAAUAAGCCCUACAUAUUUCUAUGAUUUAAAAGCUUGCCUUCUUACUUUGGAUCCUAACACAUUUUUGGUGUGAUCUUCCUGUCUAUAAUGUAUUAUGUUUGUAAAUCUAGAGAGAUUCAGGUUUUCUUUUGUACCCAAUGUUAUACCCCUAUAUAUUCAACAGUUCUACGGUGAGGCGAUAGUG